AGUUUGUUGCACAGGAACUAGUCUGUGGGCAUGAGUGGAGCUGCUGGGAUUUUUAAUUGAAGAGCGUUUUUACUUAAAGAAAUUGAUGGAAGCAUGGAAAAUCCAGCUUGUAUUUUGGAAGAACUGAAGCAGUUUGUCAUAUGUGAUGCCCCAAAAACGGUGUAUUACAUCCCAGAUUUUAUAUCAGAAGACGAGGAGUCCUACCUUCUACAGCAGGUCUAUAAAUCUCCAAAAACUAAAUGGACCCAACUGUCAGGCAGAAGGCUUCAGAAUUGGGGUGGGUUACCACAUCCCAAAGGUAUGCUGGCAGAGAAGAUCCCUGACUGGCUUCAGACUUACUGUGAGAAAAUCUCCUCUCUUGGUGCUUUCAAUGGGAAAACAGCCAAUCAUGUGUUGGUGAAUGAGUAUAAACCAGGUGAGGGGAUAAUGCCUCAUGAAGACGGCCCACUCUACCAUCCUACCGUCACCACCGUCAGCCUUGGUUCUCACACCCUGCUCGACUUCUACAGACCUGUCAGCAGCCUCGAGGAAAAGGCGCCGCAGACGGAGGAGAGCCGAUACCUGUUCUCCCUGCUGGUGAAGCCACGUAGUCUUCUGAUCCUGCAGGAUGAGAUGUACCAGCGCCUCCUUCAUGGUAUUCAAGGGUGCGCCCAGGAUACACUAACAGACAGGGUGGUGAACCUGUCUGCUGCCAGGGCCCUGCCAGGGGAUACACUGACCCGAAGCACCAGAGUGUCCCUCACAAUAAGACAUGUGCCUAAAGUUAUGAAGACAAAGCUCCUGCUGGGACGGAAGUGAGGACAGACUGGAUCUGACAGCUUGCUAUGGCUCAACAUGACAACACAACUUUGUGUUUGUUUGAUCCUGCUGCAGCUUUUGAACUGUAAUGGCUUUUCUGUGUAUAAUAAGCAUAAUGCAUACAAGUUGUAAGCCUUGUAGGUCAUUACAGACUUUGUCCUUCCAGGUAAUUUUUCCUCGGUUUUGGUUGUGUUACCCCAUAUGGGAUGAUCUUUUGUAAGAAUGUGUUUUUUCUUUAUGAACUUUGAAAUUCUAAUUUAACUUUUUCUUAAAGACACUGAGGAACAAUUAACUACACUUUCAUUCAUUAGAGGACAAAAAGUCCUCCAAAAAACUGCAAUGAAAACAUUACAGAUUAAAAGUUUUCCACUUUUUCCCUCAAAUCACUCAACUUCAGUCACAAUAAAAGAAAAAAUCAAAUAUGUAGUUAUUCAAAUUAUUUGAAAACUUUUAACAUUUUUGCCAGUUUGAUCACAUGUCAGCGUUUAAUGGGAAAAACUCAGAUUUACACAAAAUUACACAAAAUUUUCUGUAAACUAGCUUUUUGGUGGAUGGGAAUUUUAUUUAAAGAUAGCUCUUAAAUAUACAAGAAAUUAGCAACUAAAUUGAUGUUAAUGUUAUUUUGCUGUGUCAGAUUUAUGAUUUCCAGUCCUUUUGGUCAUAAGAGGACAAAAGUUCUUUCAGUAGCUAUUUUUGGGAGAGGACAGGUUUAAUGUCUGCUUAAUUUAACCCUUUAAAUGGGUAAUUAAAGGGUUAAAAUAAUUUAAAUAAUUAUACAUUUGGUGUUUUUGAUUAGGACCACAAUUGAUUUAAAAGAUCUAAGGGAAAAAAUGUGGAAAAAAAUGAAUUUGUAAUGUUUUUAUGACAGUUUUAGGGAGAGGACUUUUUUUGCUCCAAUGACCUGAAAGGGGAGUAAAUUGAAUCGACCUACAAGGGUUAAUUAUGCACAGGUUAAAUGGAUUUCACCUUAAAUUCAAGUAUAGAAAAAUGCAUUCCUCUUCAUCUUUAACUACAUUGUCUGAAUUUUUUAAAAUUCUUAAAUGUUUUAACUUUCACAAAAUUUAACAUGGAUGGAUAUUAAGCUUAUACUGUAUGUAUGUGAUGAAUGAUGAAGAGAUGUGUAGCUUAAAUGACCUUGAUGUAUUAAAAAGGUCUUAAUUCAAUCAGCAACAACUUUUUAAGAAUAAAUCUGAUCAGAAA